CUCAGAGCAGGGAGGCGGGGAGGGUCUGAGAGGACGCGCGGCGUGUGACCGCCGAGGCUGCGGCGGCUGGAACAGGUAGCUCCACCCCGCCCGGGAUCAGGCCAGGGGGAAGCUGCUGACUGCGGCUGCCAACUCGAGCCGGGCGCUCCAGCGAAGUCGCGGAGCGGAGUCCCGCGUCCCGCCUCCUCCCUGCCGGGCGCGCUCUCCUCGCUCCCCGAGCAACCCUUCCCCACUUUUCCCCCCUUUUGCAAUCGCACGGCAUUUUAAGAAUGCCGGAAAGAUGGCGGUAGCAGCGGCGGCGGCAGCGGCAGCGGCAGCGGGGCCGGCCGGCGGGGGAGGCGGCCGGGCGCAGCGGAGCGGGCUGCUGGAAGUUUUGGUGCGGGAUCGCUGGCACAAAGUUCUGGUGAACUUGAGCGAAGACGCCCUGGUUCUGAGCUGCGAGGAAGGCGCUGCGGCGUACAACGGCAUCGGGACCGCCACCAAUGGCUCGUUCUGCAGGGGCGCCGGCCCCGGGCACCCAGGCGCCGGCGGCGCGCAGCCCCCGGACUCUCCCGCCGGGGUCCGCACCGCCUUCACCGACCUGCCGGAGCAGGUGCCCGAGUCCAUCUCUAACCAGAAGCGCGGCGUGAAGGUGCUGAAGCAGGAGCUGGGCGGGUUGGGCAUCAGCAUCAAGGGGGGCAAGGAGAACAAGAUGCCCAUCCUCAUCAGCAAGAUCUUCAAGGGGCUGGCGGCGGACCAGACCCAAGCCCUGUACGUGGGCGACGCCAUCCUGUCUGUGAACGGGGCCGACCUGCGGGACGCCACCCACGACGAGGCGGUGCAGGCGCUGAAGCGCGCUGGCAAGGAAGUGCUGCUGGAAGUGAAGUACAUGCGAGAAGCCACACCCUAUGUGAAGAAAGGCUCCCCAGUGUCUGAGAUCGGGUGGGAAACGCCUCCGCCCGAAUCCCCAAGGUUAGGGGGCAGCUCCUCAGACCCUCCGUCAUCACAGUCCUUCUCCUCCUUCCAAAGAGACCGGAAAAGCAUCCCCCUCAAGAUGUGCUACGUCACAAGGAGCAUGGCCUUGGCUGACCCUGAGAACAGGCAGCUUGAAAUCCACUCUCCAGAUGCCAAGCACACAGUGAUCCUGAGGAGCAAGGACUCAGCCACUGCCCAGGUCUGGUUCAGUGCCAUCCAUUCCAACAUCAGUGACCUGCUGCCCCGAGUGAUUGCCGAGGUCCGAGAGCAGCUGGGGAAGGCGGGCAUUGCCGGGAGCCGGGAGCUCAGGCAUCUUGGCUGGCUUGCAGAAAAGGUGCCUGGGGAUGGUGAGAAACAGUGGAAGCCUGCCCUAGUUGUACUGACUGAGAAGGACCUUCUAAUUUAUGACAGCAUGCCACGGAGGAAGGAAGCCUGGUCCAGCCCAGUCCACACGUACCCUCUUCUUGCCACCAGGCUGGUCCAUUCAGGUCCAGGGAAAGGAUCGCCCCAGGCUGGUAUGGAUCUGUCCUUUGCAACUCGAACUGGUACCAGGCAGGGGAUUGAAACACAUCUCUUCAGGGCUGAGACCAGCAGGGACCUCUCACACUGGACAAGGAGCAUAGUACAGGGGUGCCACAACUCGGCCGAACUCACUACUGAAAUCACCACAGCUUGUACCUACAAAAACCAGGAGUGCCGUUUGACCAUCCAUUAUGAGAAUGGAUUUUCUGUUACCACUGAACCACAGGAGGGUGCCUUUCCCAAGACAAUCAUACAGGCUCCUUAUGAAAAGCUGAAAAUGUCUUCAGAUGAUGGAAUCAGGAUGCUGUAUUUAGAUUUUGGAGGCAAAGAUGGAGAGCUUCAACUGGACCUUCAUUCCUGCCCCAAGCCAAUCGUUUUCAUCAUCCAUUCCUUCCUGUCAGCUAAGAUUACAAGACUGGGUUUGGUGGCCUGAAAAGAGGGGCGAACGGCCUAUGAGAAAAGGAGGCUGGGACGCCACCCAAAAGGGUCAUAUUGGACACCAUUUGCAGUGAUGCACCCGAUGUAGCAUGCCACAGUCAGCUUUAGACCCCAAGAGUCCUGUUUAACGGUCCCAGACUCCUCUGUCAAUUUCAGGAACUAUAAGCAGUACCCUCAGAAAAUACCACCGGGAUGAUCAGACUUUUAGUACAGUAAAAGGGUAAAGAGGUGAGGCUGGCCGAAAAUACACAGCAUAGCUUUUAAAUAAUGACAGUCAAGGACAUGAACAUUAGAACAGCAUGUGCAGAUCUUAAUCAAACCAGUUUCUAGCUAACUGGUUCACCCAGGUAAGCAAGGGCUGAAUAAAUGAGAAAUGGACAUUUUUCACCUCUCUCCCCCACCAGUAACCAGGAUUCCUUGUUCUACUGUGAUUUAUUUCCCACUUCGAAUUGAGUUGACUUUCGCUGGUAAGGAAAGUCUUCAAAUGGAGACCCACUUUUAUUUAUGAAACAGCUGUUACUUUUUCCUUAUGAAUUAUCUUUCAGUGAUGUAGUAUGAUUCUGAAGUGUUCUCAUUAGCAUAUGAUGAUUGAGAAUUAGAUUAAGCAUCAGAUACCGAUCUGAUCUGUAAGCUUGUGGGUUCUGAGCCAAAGCAGACUGCUUAAACUGCAAAGCUUUGCUGAAGAGUGGUGUGCUACAUUCAUACCAAGGUCUGCUGUGUCUUAGAGCCAUGACUUACAGCUUUAUUUGUAGAAAGCAAAUUAUGGAUAUUUUUAAAAAGUUGUCAUAUAUAUAAUAAUAAUUCAUUUGGGGUUAAGUAAUUAUCCUCAUUUUGUGGUUUUCAGUGGAAGUACUGAGCAAUUUAUUGGCCCUUGUUACUACCUGUGCUUAUUUGCAUGAAUUUUCAAGCAAGUAAUAGUGCAGCCUUACGUGACUCUGG